AUGAGAAUAUUAUUCGAUCUCAAACAAACACCAACCUCAAUAUUGUGGAUCUCUGGUCAAGGCAACAACUUUUUGAUCGAUCCUUCAUCAGUAAUAAGUACGGCAAGUGCCUCUCUAGUGGAUGGAACUAUUUUGAAUGGAAUGCAUCAACGUAAUGGUGUACGGAACCUUCACAAUCGAACGCUGGAUUCAGUCUUCACCGAUGAGUCCAUCUUGAUCAGCACCAUCAUCGAGGCCAAUGAAGUUGUUGUCCCCAUAGACGUGCAUCAUCCUCCGGUUGAAUUCAAUAUUUCGUUCCCGAAUCCUGUAGCUUUAAUUGAGGACUUCGACGCAUCCGCUCGUGACUUCCGUCGUGCUGAUUUUGAGGUAUUGAACCGAGCGUUAUCCGAGAUUAACUGGACGAAUCUUCAAAGAUGUGCUGAUGUAGAUAUGGCUGUGAGUACAUUCUGCUCCAUUAUGAGUGAAGUCUUCGAUAAUUCUGUACCACUGGUAAGACCUCCUCUCCGACUUCCUUGGACAAAUAAUCGCCUAAAACAGCUAAAACCGAUUCGAUCGAAAUGGCUACGACUGUUUAGUGGCUCCCGCUGCCCGUUUUUAAAAACAAAAUUGAAUGAUGCCACAAGAAGAUAUCGGACCUACAAUCGCCUUUGCUAUCGUCGCUAUUUAGAUCGCACACAAUCUAACCUUCUCCGUAAUAUCAAAAUGUUCUGGAAGUUCGUUAACACCAAAAGGAAGGAGUCUGGUCUACCCGCGGUGCUUCAUUUAAAAGACAGAACCGCCAAAUCUUCUGCCGAGAAAUGUAACCUCUUUGCCAACCACUUUUCCAGUAUUUUCCCGAUACAAUCGUUAAGUACAGACGAAAUCAAUGCAGCGGUAACAUUAUUACCCAGAGAUGUGUUAGACCUUGACGUCUUCGCUAUUACCGAAGAAAUGGUUCUUGAUGCUAUCAAUAAUUUGAAGUUUUCUACCUCAGCCGGUAAAGAUGGCAUACCUUCGUGCGUUUUAAAAAGGUGUAGCGCCGUACUGGUAAAGCCACUCACUCACAUAUUCAACCUGUCCUUCGAACAACAAAAAUUUCCUGCCACCUGGAAGAGAUCAUUCAUGAGCCCUAUCUUUAAAAAAGGUGACAAACAGGAUGUGCGUAACUACCGAGGUGUCACGUCGCUAGCUGCCUGCUCAAAGGUUUUGGAGAGGAUCGUCAACGAUUACAUUAAAGAACAACGGAAAGAAUCGGGCUUACCGUCCUACAUGUUUUUGGAAGACAAGUCGGCGACCUUGGACCUUGAUAUUUGUAACCUCCUCGCUGAAAAAUUCCGUAGUACUUUUGAUUCAGGUUCAAUAUCCACGGACCAGUUGACUAUGGCGGCUAGUAACGUCCCACGUCAGAGCACUUCCUUUCAUCACAUCGUAAUCGAUGACGAUACCAUCUUGAAGGCGACUGCUAAGCUGAAAUCCAGUGUUUCUGCAGGUCCGGAUGGCAUUCCAGCGACUUUUCUAGAACGCUAUAUAUCACGUAUGCUGACUCCUAUAAAACGAAUCUUCCAAUCAUCACUCACGAAAUCCACGUUCCCUUCGAUUUGGAAAGAGGCUUACAUGUUUCCGGUCUACAAAAAAGGUGACAGGAGGAACGUUAACAAUUAUCGUGGUAUUUGA